UGCGUCCCGGUGACCGGCGGCCGCCUCAGCCCCCAAGAUGGCGGCGCGGAGCUCUCGCGAUACCGAGGCGGGUUCCUCUCGCGAGAGGAAGCGGCGGCGGCGGCGCGCGCGCGGGGCGCGGGAACACGUGGGGGCGGCGGGGCCAUGGCGGAGCCGGGGCCGGGGCCGGAGCGGGGCCCGGCCGGGCACGGGGCCGCCCCCGGAGCCCCCCGCGGGCGGGGAGCAGCAGCAGCAGCAUGGGGAGCAGCACCAUGAGGAGCAGCAGGAGGCGGCCGGCCCCGAGUGGAACAUCCCGCCUAACGCGCCCGCCUGCAUGGAGCGGCACCUGGACGGCGCGCACUACCGGGCAGACGGAGCCCUGCUGCUGGGAGCCUCGGGGCUGAGCGGCCGCUGCUGGGCCGGCUCCAUCUGGGUGUUCGCCGACCCCCGGCGGGCCCCCAGCGAGGGUUUCUGCACCGCCGGCGUCCAGACUGAGGCGGGGGUCGCCGACCUGCGCUGGGUGGCCGACAGGGGCAUCCUGGUGGCCUCCGACUCCGGCGCCGUGGAGCUGUGGGAGCUGGACGAGAACGAGACCCUGAUCGUCAACAAGUUCUGCAAGUACGAGCACGACGACAUGGUGACGACGGUGGCCGUGCUCGCCGGCAGCACCCAGGCGGUCAGCGGCGGGCAGGAUUUCUGUGUGAAAGUCUGGGACCUCCCGCAGCAGGCGGUGCUGCACUCCUACAGAGCUCACUCCGAUGCAGUGACAUGUGUGGCUUCCUGUCCUGGUAAGGACACUGUGUUCCUGUCCUGUGCUGAGGAUGGCAGAACGUUACUCUGGGACACCAGAUGCCCCAAACCAGCUACUCGAAUUGUUUGCAGUGCCUGUAAUUACCUCCCUACCUCAGUCCUGUGGCAUCCACAGAAAAGCGACAUCUUUGCUUUGGGUGAUGAAAAUGGAACAGUUGCACUAGUAGACACAAAGAAUCCUGAUUCUGCCCUCAGCUCCACUGUGCAUGCCCGACGUAUCACGGGGUUUGCAUUUUCUACACAUAGUUCACCCUUACUGGCUUCAAUUAGUGAAGAUUGUUCAGUAGCUGUUCUGGACUCAGACCUUUCAGAGGUGUUCAGAAACCGUUCUCAUCGAGACUUUGUAAAAGGCUUAUCGUGGUCUCCUUCAGAUAAUGCCUUGCUCACUACAGUUGGAUGGGAUCAUCAGGUUUUACAUCACACUGUCCCCAUACCAACUGGUGAAGCUUCUGGAGUCAACUGUGUAAAAGAAUAGUUUUAUAAACUCAUCGGUCCAAAUUCCUUCCUCGCAUUACUUUGAUUCCCCUGAAGUCAAAGGUGUUUGUGAACUGGAUUGGUUACGGACUGGUGUCUGCCUCGAAGCUUGUGACUAAGAAGGUUUUUGUAGUAAUUUUGAAUUAGGCAUAACUUAGUUACAAACCAGCCUUUACCCUCUCCUCAGGAGUUGGCUUCACCUGUGAUAAGACUUCAGUAUUUUACCCAGAAAAAAAUAGUGACUUCAGGCACAAAGGAGUUUUGGAGAUAGGAUUAGGUAUAAUAAAAUUAAAUCAAAAAGACUUGAUUCCUCCCUUGGUUCUUCAAGCUACCCACUGAACUAAUAGAAACAAAUUAUUUGGGGAGGUUUAAAAAAAAAAAAAAAAACACAAACCCACACCUCUUUACUAAGGUAGAUGCAGAAGCCUUACCUGAGCAAAGUGUUUGCUGCGUAAAUACUUCCUUCCAACUGAGCAGGAAGACGUGUUGGCAUUUAAGGCCAGAAAGGUUCCCCUGUUGUCCUUAGUGCAGCACGCAGUGCAGAAGGCUGGCUUUUGCUAUCUACUAUUGUGGAUACUCCCAUGGUGAGCACUAUUUGUGUACUUCUCCAUUAGUAUCAGAAUACCAGUGCUUGGUGUGACGAGUCGCGUACGCUGUAUGACAAGGAUCCCAGCUGCAGCCCUAUAAUUAAACAGCUUUGUGAUGGUGCAUGACAUGCUGAAAUACCAGGACCUGUAAAUGCUCAGCCAUUGGCUUGAAGCUGAGGCCAGCCCACAGGGGCUGUUGUGUAGCAUGCUGAAAGCCAAGAGAAGUUAGUAGCUUGACACCAUGUUUCAGCUCCUCUGCUGAAUGCAACAUAGUCAAAGAUAAGACUUGUGAACAAAAAGUUAUGUAAGGGAGAAAACUGGACUAAGGAUUUCAGUCUUCAUUUGCUUGCUCCUGUAAUCAAACUUGGUGAUAAACGAGACUCCUCAUGCACUUGCAGUUAGUGACUUUUUUUUCUGGAGACUUGAGAGGAUGAAACAUUCCUGUAAUCCCCUGAGAUGGACUCCACAUAAUCCUUAGAGGUGUUUUUUUUUUUUGGUUUUUGGUUUUUGUUUUUUUUUUGGUAAUAUAACCCAUCUUCCAAACUAAACUGUUUCCCUGGAACAUAUUUAACUGAAAAUAAAUCGCUUUGCUCUACACACAUUGCUACUGUUCUAGCUGUGGCUUGCUCCAGACUAAUACUUGCUAGACAGACAGAAGUGGGUCUUGGCUAAUGAAAUAACAAAUACUGUUACAAUAAUGCUACUUUAGAAUGAUAGUGACACUAAACUGUAAAUGGGCUCAUCUCUCCAUAAACCUUUACUUUUGUUGAUCCAAAUCAUGCAGAGCCCAUCAUUAACUUUUAGGCCAAAUAAGCUUUCUCAUUCUCUGUACUUUUUCUCCUUUUAAGCUUACUUUGCUCCUUUUUGAGUUCCACUGUCAUAACUGUUACAGAGCAAACUUUCUGAUCUAGAGCACUGUAUUGUAAGGAAAAGAUAAAUGGUUAUGAAAACUGACAAGUUCCCUCAAAACUAUCCCUUAAACAAGCUAAGCAAAGUUGACAAGAAAAAGUUACACCUGUUGCAGAUCUCUGAUUGUGUAUUAAAACCUGAAACAGGUCUUGUGCUGGUUGUGAAAAAGGUGUCUUUGAGAACAAUGGAAGAGUUUUAAAAUAAAUCAUAGUGUUCAUUAAUAACUGCC